AUGGCAGCCCAUGUGCAGCUGAACACCUCUGCCAAGAUGCCCCUCGUGGGGCUGGGCACCUGGAAGUCUGCAGCUGGGCAGGUAAAAGCUGCAGUGAUGGCUGCCAUCGAUGCCGGGUACCGCCACUUCGACUGUGCCUACGCCUACCUGAACGAGAGUGAGAUUGGGGAAGGGAUCCAGCAGAAAAUCAAGGAAGGGGUUGUGAAAAGAGAAGAUCUCUUUGUUGUCAGCAAGCUGUGGUGCACCUUUCAUGAGAAGCCUCUGGUGAAGGGAGCCUGCCAGAAGAGUCUUGCCAAGCUGAAGUUGGAUUACCUGGAUCUCUACCUCAUCCACUGGCCCUUUGGCUACAAGGCUGGAGAGGAAUUGUUUCCCAAAGAUGACAAAGGCAUGGCCAUACCCAGCAAUAGUGAUCUUCUACAGACGUGGGAGGCCAUGGAAGAUCUGGUGGAUGCUGGCCUGGUAAAAGCCAUUGGAUUCUGCAACUUCAACCGUGAGCAGAUUGAAAGAAUCUUGAACAAGCCAGGACUGAAGCACAAGCCUGCAAAUGUCCAGAUUGAAUCUCAUCCAUACCUCACCCAGGAGAAGCUGAUCAAGUACUGCCAAUCCAAAGGGCUGGCUGUGACUGCAUACUGUCCCCUUGGCUCUCCUGACAGACCAUGGGCUAAGCCUGGGGAUCCUUCCCUUCUGGAUGACCCCAAGAUCAAAGAGAUUGCAGCCAAGCACAACAAAACCCCAGCACAGGUUCUCCUUCGCUUCCAGAUCCAGAGAAAUGUGAUUGCCAUUCCCAAAUCUGUCACCCCACAGCGCAUUGUGGAGAACUUCCAGGUGUUUGACUUUGAACUGACUAAAGAGGAGAUGGAAACUAUUCUGUCCUUCAACAGAAACUGGAGGAUCUGUCAAAUGAACGUGUCCAAAAAUCUCAAGGAAUACCCUUUCCAUGCAGAAUACUGA